AUGUUUCACCUGGUGGACUUCAACAUCUUCAGGAAGUCUCAGCAGUACCUGGGGGAGGUGGCUGAGGUGGUGUUGGACAGCUGUCAAUCACUGAGUGGACAAGCGCAAGGCCUCACAGACAAGUUCACAGAGCUGGAGGCCCUCAGCAUCGUCAACAUGGUCCUCGCCUCUCUGGUCAAGAUGCCCUCGCUACCCGAGCUGCGCAAGCUGGAGCUUAAAGACAACAACCUGUCGGGUUCCUUUGAGACUCUGUCGGAGAAAUGUGCCAACCAAAUCUACCUCACCCUCAGCAACAUCGGCAUCAAGGAGCUGAGCAACGUGGAGGUGCUGCAAAAUUUGAAGAGCCUGCAUAGUCUGGACCUGUUGAACCGCGAGAUCACGUCCGUGGACAACUACGGCGUCAGCGACCUAAAGCUUCGACCGGGACGACAACGAAAAUAGUCAGGGGGCGGAGCCUGAGCUUCAGCACAACUGUCAUGUGUUUGACGUUGAUUGAACCUUUUAAUCCAGCAAAGUAGAUUUUUUAAAGAAUUAACAAGUAUUUAUAGCUUUUUACAAAUGUGACAGAUGAGUUAGUUUUCAUUAGUUCUUCUUUCACAACUCAAAUGCUGUAAACUUUUUGCUUUCCUGUCAUUUACACUGAUGGCCAAAUAAAUGUGAAUAUUUCAAUAAGAAAAAAUAACGCAUUUCUAUUGCAGCUACCAUGCACUUUUUUGUCCAUCAAGGUCAUAGUGAAGUUGUCCGAUUACCUGAGGUUUAAAGAACCGCCCACUUUGCACCCUGUCCAACAUUUUUUGGGGUGCAAUACUUUCUGACUGACAUGGAUUAUUAUUUUAAGUGUCCCUGUCAUGCUCGUCAUGCUCGAGUUACUUGACUAAAGGUGACAAAAGCCAGACAUUUUGAAAGGCGUAAUCUUGCAAAACUGAACGGACAUGAUGCUAAUAUUCAAGUAGCGUAAGGAAUACUGCAAUAAGGUGUAGUUUUGAGAACCCCAGACCCGAUUGUACCUCAAACACAAAUGCUAUAUUAAACUUAAACUCACAUUUUACCUCUCUGUCGAUCUUCUACAUCUUUUUAUCUUGACAAGUAGAACACAUCUUUGUCAAUCUGUGAAUUGAGUGUGGAAGUAGGAAGGAAAGGAGGGAGGUGAACUACACAUUACCUUUGCAAAUGAGAGAGAGGGGGAGAAUGCAACUUAUAAUGAUCCAGGAUGUAUCCAGGAAAAGGUCAGCUGAAAUUGCAACAAGCGUAAUUAGUUGCUUAUCAAUAAUGUAUCCGACGUUUCAGUAUGUGGUGCGCAGAGUGUGUGUGCGCGCGCGUGUGUGUGUGUGUGUUUGUGUGAACACGCCUCCAUAGGUGGGCUAGGGUGUGAGUACAUAUACACACCUUUCUCUGACAUCCGUUUACAUAAAAAAACACCUCCAUGUCCAUAAGAAUUAUUACCAUGCAGAUCCUCUCACUUGCUAACCACACUACAGCAGAAAACUAUGAGCGAUGCAUUAAUCACUAAGUCAAUUGUUAUUGAUGGCAGAGGCAGAAUUAGGAGCAGUAAAGGUGUCAAUAUGGGAGAUGAUGGUAUAUUUUGCAUGCGGGAACUAUAGGAGGAUUAUGCAGAAAGGGUAUUGGCUCUGGAGCAAGCAAAGUAUCUCAGAGAAGAAGGCAUUCAUACUAUAGGUGAAUACCAAGUGCUAUCAUACGGGAAGUAUAGGGGUUCCUAUAUGUCGCUCAGCUUUAUGAACAAGACACUUGGCAUUUUGAAAGAGUGUUUGGGCUCCUUAUGUUGGAAAACUGUUUCACAAUGUCACAGUACAUGUUGGAAUUCACGUUUCCCCUCAAUGAACCAUAGCUCCUCGGUGGUGGCAGCACUUAUGCAGAUCAUGAUGCUACGACCCUCGUGUUUGACUCUAUUGAAGGCAAAUAAGGCUUUACACUGACUACUCUAAGUGUAUCUAUACAUUAUAUCAAGGUGGAAGCUGCCUACGUGAACUCUUAAGGCAUGUUGGCUGUGUGUAUAAGGUGUCUGUAUUUGUGUCGUUGCGUGUGAUGUAACGAUCCUGGCUCCUUUGACCCCUGCCAGUUGAGAAGUUAGCGCAGGUGAACAGAGAAGGCAGGGCAAGCGAGGAGAGGAGGAGCGAGAUGAAUGCGAUCAGGUUGCCGGGCUGAGUGCCGCGGUCCUCUCCCAUCUGUCUCGGAGUCUGCCAUCCCAUCUCACAGGCGGCAGGAGGUAAUUGGGUUCAUUGUUCUCACUGCGGGAUGCAACGGAUUGAAAGCUUCAUUAUCAGGAUAACCAAGAAUGUAAAUGAACCACACAUGUACCGUACUGUAUGCUGACUAGAGAGAAUAUCAACAGUAUAUCAACACCACGACAACAGGAAGCAUAUCAACACAAACACUGCAUCAUUUUGACUUUGUCGUGAAAAUGUACCUCCGAUGGCUCCCUGACAUGCAACUCCUCAAAUGAAACCUUGUUGGAGAUCAUUUGGCACCAUAUCAUUUGGAGUACAUGAGAUACCGGCUGUAGUACUGAAAUAUGAAUGACGACAUCAUCCCUGAGAAAUUCAUACAUCCUCUUUUAAUAUGAUAGUUUGCUGCACAGUUUUGAUUUGAUUUAUAUUUAAGUAUUUAGAUUCAGCGACCCGUGACCCGAGUGAGGACAAUCCGCACAGAACAUGGAUGGGCGGAGAUUCACCGAUGAAGCUUUGUGAUUUGUCUGCACUUUGUGCGAGUUAAAACUUUGCCGAAAAUGGGAGCAAAAAUAGCGUUGGCACAGACAGAACCGUGCUGUGCCAUUAUGUGUUGCGCCGUCAUCGUCAGAGGUACUGUCAGAUAGUGUUUACUUUCCUGAAGGACGUUGCACCUCUGGAAGCCGGCAAAUGAAUGGAAAAACUCAUUUCUCCAAUGGAGACUUGUCAAUCACUCGCUAUUUAUUCUGCUCUUAUGGAGCGACCUCUCUCCAGCUAGGCGAACAGUGGCAUCCUCGAGGUUGUGACUGUUGAGGACUUUCUAAAAAGCAAACAAUCGAUGAAAAAAUACCUUUAAUGCAAGGUAAAGGUCAGGGUAGAUUUCCUUACUGCGCUCUAUUGAGCAAGGUAUUUGGUAACUUCAUGUGGGUGUUACAAAUGUACUUUGCUCGGCUUUAAGAAAGGUGUCUCCUAACCAAUUGUUCGGAAAUUUUUCCACAGAAAAAAGUCUGAAAAAUAUGGGUUGUCCUAAGAUUUAUACAUGCCUACCAUCCUGGGCCUCAAACGCCUCUCUCAUACACCAGUGACCUGGGGAGAUGCAGCAGCUACAGUACAUAGGGACUCUCAAAGGUUGUUGCAAAUAGAGAAGUCAUGAUGCUAAUUGCAAGAUAAUAUUGAUCGAUGAAGCAGUACUCAAAGAACUGUCCAGCAGCUAAGAAAUAUGAUACAAUGAUUUUCAACAAAGACGAAAAAUAUGAAAGAUAUUUUUUCCAAACAGGUUCUCGAUGUGAUUGUGUGUUUGCCGUCGUAUUCUAUUUUAUUGUUGUAUUCUAGUCUAUGUGUUCUAUUUGUAUCGAUAUUUAAUAUCAGUGAGUACAAACCACAGAGAAGAGCAAGUGCGUAUCGCUUGUGUCAUUAAAGUGCGCACGUGUUUUCUCGUUAGGACACUAGAACGUGACGGAUGGUGGGUCGAGCGGGUCGGUUCAUGUAAAACGUGUUUAAAGCUUUAGCGUGGCUGCGUGGUUCAUGUCACGACUUGUGUCUGGCAGAUGGCGGGAACAGUUAGGGAUCUCAUUAGACCAACCAAGCGGCUAUGCUAUGCUUGUUGCACCCAUCCUUUCAUUUCGGUUUGUAUCGCCAGAGUAGCGCUUGUUCACACACUGCUGGUCAAAGUCAAGCGAGGGUCGAGCAUUUGCAUGUUAGCAAAGACAAGGAGAAGUAUGUGUGUCUUAGAUAGGAGGAGGGUAUAUGCUGCUAGCUGGAGUCUUCAUAUCUGCUCGUGCUAAUGUGCUCGUGUGGGCGUGAUGAGUGAUGCAUCCUUGCUGAGCAUAGUGAACAGGAUUGCAAUGGUCACAGAGCACAUUUUGUACCAUUUGCCUUGUAAUUAACUGGAAUUUGUUCAGCACAAAUGCACUACAGGCAUGGGAAUAUACAGAGCAGAGGGGGGAAAAUCUAGUGCAAAUCAUGACAGUUAGUAAUUAUUUAUUUGUGUCUUCAUGUUAACACUUAUUUUAUUUGUAUUAUCUUUAAUGACACGGAGGCUAAAUGGAGCGUAGAAGGAGCUGAUUAGCAGCACCCUACGGCCUCGAGUCAAUAUGGGUGUUUUAUGAUUUUUAAAGGGCAUAUAAAUUCAUUUUUAUAUAUGGUUCAAGGCUAAUCACAGCCAGCAGUAUGUGCCGAAUGAUGCAGUGCAUGUUAAGUGGUAGGAACAUGCAAAUCUCCAAAAGAACGAGGUUUUUCAACUGAUACUUGAGGCUGUGUUCACACUUGUGGUUCGGUACACAUGUCUGGACCAAAAUUAAAAGAAAGAUACUUGCUGCGCACUUUAGUGCGGUUCACUUAGCGUUCACGCUGGGCAGAUUUCGUGACAUACUGUAGUACUCGUACUGCCAUGAUUCGUCGACUUAGGCUACGUUCACACUGCAGGUCAAAUCAGGUUUUUGUGCCAUGCGACCCAGACCUAUUUCCUAUGUAUCCAAUCGGAACACGUACAUACGACCAAUACGUCAUCGAAAGAUUUGUUUUGCCCUGCGAAAAUGAGGGAAGUGUAUUCACAUUUGUAGGCAAAUGUUCUUUUUGUCCAGGAUUGCCCCUUGGAUUUGUUUAAGCUGUGGUGGUGGGCUGCAUGGGAGGCGGACUGUCGUGGUUUUUUCAUGCCACUGCUGCGUCGCUGUGUCAGCAUUUUUUUUUUUUAUAUUUACAUUUACUGUUGUGAUAUUGUCAACAUGAGGGUCUUUUCACAGGCUAGAACAAGAAAUGCAUUAAUUAACUUUAAAUACUUUUCUCUUGAUGUUUUCUUCCUCUCCUUAUCUGUCAAGUGCACGGUUUUCAAAAUAAAGCCCAGUGUAAUGUUUUUAUGAUAUUUGAUAUUGAUAUUUGAGAUUUGAUUUGAUAUUUAUUUCAAACUAAUUGUGGUCAAUAAGUAAAUAAUAGGCUAUACAUGUUUAUAUAUAAGCUGGGUCGAAUCUCUGUUGGACAUCUCUGUGUGGAGUUUGCAUGUUCUCCCUGUUCUCCCCGGGUACUCUGGUUUCCUCCCACAUUCCAAAAACAUGCAUGUUAGGUUAAUUGGGGACUCUAAAUUGUCCAUAGGUAUGAAUGUGAGUGUGAAUGGUUGUUUGUCCAUAUGUGCCCUGUGAUUGGCUGGCGACCAAUCCCCGCCUCUCCCCCGAAGUCAGCUGGGAUAGGCUCCAGCAUACACCUAGCAUACCCCUAGUGAGGAUAAGCGGCAUAGAAGAUGGAUGGAUGGAUGUUUAUAUAUAAAAUGUAUGUACGUAUACAGUAUAUGCAGUGGUUUGAAAAAGCAUUUGCCCCUUCUUGAUUUUUUUAUUUUUUUGCAUGUUUGUCACACUGAAAUGUUUCAGAUAUAAUCGAUGAUCUGAAACAUUUAAGUGUGACAAACAAAAACAAAACAGAAAUCAGGAUGGGGGCAAACACUUUUUCACACCACUGUACAGUAUAUGUUUUGUCAUUUGGGCUUGAGAGCCAGCUUACUAUGCUUGCAGAGGCACAGGCUUCCAAUACUUGCUUGCUCCCUUACGUGAAUAGAGAUGGUUCAGCAAUAAUGAAACAAUACCAUCAUGAUACGUGACAUUAUGAGAUGCUUUUUGACAGCCUCUGAGCUUAUGUUAUUUGAACUAAAACUUGAUUUUUCCUUUACACUGUAAAGCAGGAGUCUCAAACUUGCAAGGGACCAAAGUGGGGUGCUCGGCAGAACACGUACUACAAUUAACACAAACACGGAAAAGGAACAAUAAAGAACAGCAGUGGCGUUGAACCUUCAACAAUAUAAAAUUCGAUAUUUAAAAAAAAAAACUGCUGUUCUUUUUAAAUGUAAAAUAGUUGACUAUUGUUGUUAUGUAUGACCAUAUUUAUAAGGACAAUAUUGUUUGUUUUUAUAUACUGAGAGGCUAUAGGCCACUACUGCUCUUUUUUUUUUGUAUUACCUCUUGGCAACUGCUACUGCAAUUUAAAUUCUGUACAAAAAGAUGUUGAAGCACAAUAAUCUUAAAUACUUGACAGUUUGAAACAAUUUUCAAUAAAGUAGUUAAUUUAAACAUACAUGGGUUCUGAUUUUUAUUUCUAUGUAGUAUCGUAGUAUCGUAGUAUCAAUAAUUGUGGAAAUUCACAGGUAUUGGUGUCGACUACUGAAAUUCUGGUAUCGUGACGACCCUGACAUAGUGUGUACACAAUGUUUUUGAAUAGUUAAUGAGCUUCUAACAAAAGUAGGUAAGCUAUUCAUAUUCACAUUUGUUACGGUGCAAGUGACGUUUUAUGUUUUGGCCCUUGAGUUGGAUUCAAAAUAACAAUGGGCACAAUGAAAUAACAAACAAAUUAGUCCACCGUGUGAAAAAUGAGUCGAAAGGUUAGUCAAUAGAAAAUGUGUUGUUCGUGUCAGUUACUCGGGGUGUCAAAUUAUAGCAUGUGAUUAAUUAAUUGCAGUCAUAUUUAGUGCGUUAUUUUUUAACAACCAUACCAGCCACUGUCCUGGACUAGAGUGACGACCAUUUUUUUAAAUAUUUGUUUUAUUUAUGUUUUAUUAUCUGAAUUGUUUAUUUUAUCUGGAGCAGAUGAAUUGAUACAAAUUCAGUGUUCAGUGCUGUAUUGCUCAGACAAGUGUUAUGUUUUCUGGUGUGUUAACUUAGCACUUUAUAUGGGCCAGAUGUUUUAUUUUAUCUUCAUUUUGUAAUUACUGUAUUUGAUUGACAAAAGAGCACAACAAUAUUCCCCCCUGGGGGUCAAAACUAAAGGUUGCAGAAAGCACUUGGGACUAAUAUCAAGUAAGGAAUGUAAAAGGCUAGGGCUGCAUCUCUUCACGUCUGUUAAAAACAAUUCAUUAUUUUAUAAAGUUAUUCAUUCAUCAAUUGAUUACACAUCAUAAUUAAUUCAUCUCUAAAUAUUUUUAUGACAUACUAACUCAAAUAUUCCAAACCAAGAUGCUGUCCGCAGGGUUGAAUAUGUUGGUUAUUUUUAUAUUCCGUUAUAUUCAUUUUAUUGUGUUUUCUUUUCUUUUUUUUUUUGAAUGAACAGAAUAAGAGUUUCAUUGCGCAGUAUAACCACCUGUUCUGCUGUGCAUAUCACAAUAAAACUCUUGAGUCUUGGCGGGCUUAGAUGUCACAGAAACCUUCUAUAAACACAGAGAGGGAGAAAGCAGAGCAAAGAGAUGCUUUUUCUCUUGCACAUUUGUCAUUUCUGUAUGAUUUUUGCUGUCACUUUAACAUUGAUCUGUGUCUUUGGCCUGUGUAGCGUUCACAUUUGAGCUCAAGUGAACCAAACCUCACGACAGUUCACUUGCAAGCGGGCCGAGACCCAUCUCUCAAGCGGCCACGGCCCGCUUGUUUUUCCCACACCAGGCUUUGAACGAUCACAUUCACACCUGACCAAAUAAACCACGCUAGCAGAGCAAAUGCAUCACAGUUCUUUUUAAACGAACUCAACAUGACAACUCUUUGUGGUUUUUAAUGUUUUUUGUGUUCUCAUCAGAGCAGUAUUGCAUAAAAGACUCUGAAUUCUCUGAAACUUCUAGCGCAUCAAUGGGUAACAGCAUCAAACGCACAAUGAGAAGUUUGAUCUUUCAAAGGCGAAGGAGAGGGUACCCUGGAUGCCUUUGCCCUCGCAGCGUUGCAUCCAGUUAAGUUGUUGCGAGCAUUACUGAUCAACACCUUAGGAAAGCAAUCGACAGAACUAUUAUGUGGCGUGAUUGAGCACGGCAGCCCCGUGCCCACAGCCUUCUGCUGGAUUGCACUUUGGCAACAGA